GGAAGAAGCUGCGAGAGACGGGGGGAAGGAAAGUGAAUUCGAUGAAGAUCGGUUCCUGUUGCUGCUAGUGCAUUCUGAUGCGGAGUGUGUGAAGAUUCGAAAGUCUAUUUAGAAUUAGGUUAUGCGUAUUCAAAUUGUUUAGUGUAGAACUUAAUGUGCUAGGAUUUAUAGUGUUGUUUGUUGAAGCGUUUAGGAUAGUGCGUAAGCUGCGAAGCUGAAUAGACGAAAUAGUGCGAGGCGCAGUUUUGUUACUCGUCGCUUGGAAUAUUGUUAUCCGUCGCUUUUGGCCACGCCUUGGAAUAAAAUAUCUACUCCAAUCUUACCCUACCUUAAUCUACAUAAGUGAAUAUUCAAUUUCUCUAGUGUUUAUACAAGUGUAAAGUUAUUGUUGAAAAAGCAGUUCCUUGCUAAGAAGAUAAGCCCGUGUGUAAUAAUUUUAAGUAACGUGCUAACCCAAGUGAUCUACGGCUCCGAGCAGAGUCCAUAAUGGCUCAAUUUGUAACUCACAUCCAGCCCACGCUGCUGGAAGCAGCCCAGGGCCACCUCCCGCAUCACCACGGUCACCAGGUGGGCAUGCAGCACUCAUCCCAUCUGCCGCACAGUGGCCACAAUAUGCCAUCGCCUCCGACGAUGCACCACGGACAUGGCCACGGCCAUGGCCACCAUCAUUCGCCGUCGCAUGCGAACCUCUCGCACAGUGCCAGUCGGGAAAUCAGCAACGGAAAAUCUUCCAAACACCACUCGUCGUCGCACCACCAACCGAUGUCGCCCAAAUCGGCGACGGAUCACCAUCACCAUCAUGGUGGUGCUGCAGAAUUGCAGCAUCAGUACCAUCAGCAGUACCACCAGCAGAUGGCACAGAUCCAACAUCACCAGCAUACGCAUCACACGUCAUCGGCGACGGGUGCGACGAGCGGAAGCCAUCACGGCCACAGCCAUCACCAUACGGGCUCGUCGGAUGGAAACACCUCGUUUCUGCGCGCAGCUAGAGCAGGCAAUCUAGAAAAAGUUUUAGAACAUCUUAAAAAUAACAUCGACAUCAAUACUAGCAAUGCGAAUGGCUUGAACGCGCUACACCUAGCAUCGAAGGAUGGACAUGUGGCCGUGGUAUCGGAGCUGCUGGCUCGGGGUGCCACCGUUGAUGCGGCCACCAAGAAGGGCAACACCGCGCUGCACAUCGCUUCGCUGGCCGGCCAGGAAGAAGUGGUCAAACUGUUGAUCCAGAACAGUGCUUCGGUUAACGUGCAGUCGCAGAAUGGCUUCACGCCGCUGUACAUGGCCGCCCAGGAGAACCAUGACUCGGUAGUGCGCCUAUUGCUGUCCAACGGAGCGAACCAGAGCCUGGCCACUGAGGAUGGAUUCACCCCGUUGGCCGUUGCUAUGCAACAGGGUCACGAUAAGGUGGUGGCCGUACUGCUGGAGAGUGAUACCCGCGGUAAAGUUCGCUUGCCGGCUUUGCACAUCGCAGCAAAGAAGGACGAUGUUAAGGCGGCUACGCUUCUGCUGGAGAAUGACCACAACCCGGACGUUACAUCCAAGUCCGGCUUUACGCCGUUGCACAUCGCGUCGCACUACGGCAACGAAGCUAUGGCCAACUUGCUGAUUCAGAAAGGCGCAGACGUGAACUACGCUGCCAAGCAUAACAUCAGCCCACUGCACGUGGCCGCCAAAUGGGGCAAAACCAACAUGGUGGCCCUUCUGCUGGAAAAAGGCGCCAACAUCGAAAGCAAGACCCGCGAUGGUCUAACGCCGUUGCACUGCGCUGCACGUUCUGGUCACGAGCAGGUCGUCGAUAUGCUGCUGGAACGGGGAGCGCCCAUCAGCGCCAAGACCAAAAACGGACUUGCGCCGCUGCACAUGGCAGCCCAGGGCGAACACGUAGACGCAGCCCGGAUUCUGCUGUAUCAUCGUGCACCGGUUGACGAGGUGACCGUCGACUACCUGACGGCACUGCACGUAGCAGCUCACUGCGGACACGUUCGCGUCGCAAAGCUUCUGCUGGAUCGCAAUGCCGACGCCAAUGCACGGGCUCUGAAUGGAUUCACGCCGUUGCACAUUGCGUGCAAGAAGAACCGCAUCAAGGUCGUCGAGUUGCUGCUGAAGCAUGGCGCCAGCAUUAGCGCCACUACGGAGAGUGGCUUGACGCCGUUGCACGUGGCUUCCUUCAUGGGAUGCAUGAACAUCGUCAUCUAUUUGCUGCAGCAUGAUGCUAGUCCGGAUGUCCCGACGGUUCGCGGAGAGACUCCACUUCAUCUGGCGGCCAGAGCAAAUCAGACCGACAUCAUUCGCAUCUUGCUGCGCAACGGAGCCCAAGUAGAUGCCCGCGCUCGGGAACAGCAAACACCGCUGCAUAUUGCCUCUCGGCUCGGAAACGUGGACAUCGUUAUGCUGCUGCUGCAGCACGGAGCCCAGGUGGACGCCGUCACCAAGGACAUGUACACGGCGCUGCACAUCGCCGCCAAGGAGGGCCAGGACGAGGUUGCUGGAACAUUGCUAGAAAACGGUGCCCAGAUUGAUGCCGCUACCAAGAAGGGCUUCACGCCGCUGCAUUUAACUGCCAAGUACGGACACAUCAAAGUUGCUGAAUUGCUACUCACGAAGAACGCCCCAGUCGAUGCCCAAGGCAAGAAUGGCGUUACUCCAUUGCACGUAGCCAGUCAUUACGAUAAUCAAAACGUAGCGCUACUGUUGCUAGAGAAGGGCGCUAGCCCUCACGCAACGGCUAAGAACGGCCACACGCCGUUGCAUAUUGCCGCUCGCAAGAAUCAAAUGAGCAUUGCCACAACGCUGCUGCAAUACGGCGCCAACGCCAACGCCGAAAGCAAGGCCGGAUUCACUCCACUCCAUCUGAGCGCACAGGAAGGUCAUCACGAAAUGUCGGCACUGCUGUUGGAGCAGAAGGCCAAUCCAGAUCAUCAGGCACGUAAUGGACUUACGCCACUUCAUCUCUGCGCACAGGAAGAUCGCGUCAAUGUUGCACAAGUGUUGGUCAAACAUGGCGCCGAUACCCAGGCCGCUACCAAGGCCGGAUACACUCCGCUGCACGUUGCGUCGCACUUUGGUCAGGCCAACAUGGUACGCUACCUGAUCCAGCAAGGCGUAGACAUCAACGCUUCGACCGGCAUCGGUUACACGCCGCUACAUCAAGCUGCCCAGCAAGGCCAUUGCCAUAUUGUUAACAUCUUGCUCGAAAACAAGGCGGAUCCGAACGCGAUCACAAAUAAUGGACAAACAUCACUCAAGAUCGCCCAGAAGCUGGGCUACAUCAGCGUACUGGAUUCUCUGAAAUCAGUUACCGACACAGAAACCGCACCGGAUCAUGUCCCAUCCGAAGAAAAAUACCGUGUCGUCGCCCCGGAAGCCAUGCACGAAACGUUCAUGUCCGACUCCGAGGAAGAAGGCGGCGAAGACACGGUCCUCUCGGAUCAACCGUAUCGCUACCUUACCGUCGACGAGAUGAAAUCUCUUGGCGACGAUUCGCUUCCAAUUGACGUCACUCGCGACGAGCGGCACGACUCGAACAAGAUGACUCAGAGUACGGACUCGCACCAGUUUCCGCCAACGGCCAUGGAGGACUCCAUCAGCCCGCAGCACAUGUCGAUGGUACAGUCGGGCAUUUCCGUCACCGACUUUGCCGACAACAUCAACAUCGAGCGGCAGUCUCACAUCGGAAAGCUACACUGGAAGAACUUCCUGGUCUCGUUCCUGGUGGACGCCCGUGGAGGAGCGAUGCGCGGUUGCCGCCACAGCGGAGUCCGCAUCAUCGUACCACCUCGGUCGGCUGCGCAGCCUACCCGGAUCACGUGUCGCUACGUGAAGCCCCAGCGUACGUUGCAUCCGCCGCCGCUCAUGGAAGGCGAAGCGCUGGCUAGCCGGGUACUGGAACUGGGUCCCGUUGGGGCCAAGUUCCUCGGGCCGGUCAUCAUGGAGGUGCCCCAUUUUGCGUCGCUCCGUGGAAAGGAACGGGAGAUAGUGAUCCUGCGCUCGGACAACGGAGAAACGUGGCGGGAGCAUAACAUCGACAUGUCGGACGAGAUCAUCCACGAUGUGCUGAACGAUUGCUUCGAGGCGGAAGACCUCGCCCAACUGGACGAGCUGGGCGGUGGGCGCAUCUGCCGCUUCGUCACCUACGACUUCCCGCAGUACUUCGCGGUCAUCUCGCGCAUCCGCCAGGAGGUGCACGCCAUCGGACCGGAGGGCGGCAUGGUAUCCAGUACCGUGGUGCCCCAGGUGCAGGCUGUCUUCCCGCAGGGUGCCCUCACCAAGAAGAUCAAAGUCGGUCUGCAGGUAAAUUUGUUCAAACCACGCAAGGGGGUCGCGCCGGAAAAGCUGCGCAAGAUCAGCGUCAACCACGUGCCGAAGAAGAAGCGCUUCUCGCUGAUUUGGUAAAGUGUGCGUGGAGGCGGCCUGGUGUGGGACGUGGGGGAUACGCGUGCAUUCUGGUAGAUGGUGUAGAGAGAUGGGCAGGAAACAAGGCGGUUAGGAAAAAUAAUACGAAAAGGAGAGUGAUUUCGGAAAGAAAAUUUAUGGUUCAGGAAUGCUUCCAGGGAUUUUCAAGGUGUUCAUUUUAUGUGGAUAAAUUAAGUUUUAGCUGCGUACGCGUCCAAAUUGCAUGCCCUCGUCGUCGUCAUUAUUGUGCAAGAAAACAGUAUAUCAAAUCAAAAUUCGCUUUUUAUGGAAUAUUUUCGUAGUAUUAUUUUGCUCAUAGCUGUAAGCGCUGAUUCUUCGGCAACAUGAAAGUAUUUAGCAUAUUUUCUCCAGAAUGGAAAACGAAGCAUGAGAUGCAAUGACAUUUUAGAGAUCGUGCUUGUACACAACAAUCAGGGGUUGAAAAAUGUUGCAUUUAUAUACGAAAAACUCAUAUUAUUACUUAUUCCAACCACAUUCAAUCUACCACAGUACACUAUCACUAUAUUAUACACUCGGAAAUAAUACACAGUAGAAACAAUGAAAACAUUCUCACAACGACAAGCUCUGUCAUCUAUUGCUAACGUAGAAUAGAAUCAAAACAAAAUGGCCGAACCGAUUGAACGUUUAGUUAGAUUUGUGUGAACAAAUCUGAAUGAAAACGUCGAUCGAAUCUCGUCGGUUCAUUACUCAACAUAUGUGCAAUCCAUUGAAUACAAUACUCUCAUUGAUUAGAGGCUUCACGAGGUCGAAGUCACACAUCAAUAACAUAGUUCUAUUGCAAAUUAAAAAAAGGGUGCACCACACAUACACACAAGCCAUAAUCAAACACAUACACAAACAUAUAGAAAGCAACUGUUAACUCAAAUUCUGCAUUUAACAUUUAACUCAUUGGGGUGCGAUUAGUUUGGUGAAAGUUCUUUAAAAAUACCACAUGAUCUAGAUACACGCGGUAACAGUAACCUACAAAUAAUUUCAAAAAGGGCUCCCAAGUCACCAUUGUGGCGGAGCCAGUAUUUUAUUUUUCUUACUCACUCUCCUAAACAUACACGAGAAAGAGAAAGAUAAAAGAGGAGGCAGCUUGCCUCCUCUUUCAUCCCGCUCUUUUCUUGUAUGUUUAGAAGAGGGAGUAAGAAAAAUAAAAAGCUGGCUCCGCAAUUGCAAGUCACUAGGUACUGCAGCUUGGAUAGAAAUCUACUUCAUCAUAUGCGCUGAUUCCCGUCAUAUCGGACGGGAAAUAGCCAAUAACACAGCGCAACAUUUUUUUUGUCUUAAGAACAAACUUAUGUGUCUCCGAAGGAUUUUGGGCCGCUGAAUCCGAAUCCGGGCUCAGAUUUGCUCUAACACGUCACAAUUUUGAGCUAUACCUCAAUUUAUAGGGCAAAAUAUGCGAUUUUGGGCUUUUUUGACUGCAAGCCAUUAAGCAAGGAAAUAUUUUUUUUAAGCAAUCAAAAGGUUAAUUGGUCAAUUAACAUCUAAAUUAACGACUCUUGCAAAAUAUUUUGUUUUACCUAAUCAAAUUUGAUAGAUUUAAGCAUUUUAUGUUAGUAUGAAAACUUGCAUGCAACUUUUGGAGGAUGACUUGUAUGGGAAAUAUCGUACUUAACAUAAAUCGCUUAAAACUAUCAAAUUCGAUUUGGUAAAACGAAAUAUUUUGCAUGAGUCGUUAAUUUAGAUGUUAAUUGACCAAUUAACCUUUUGAUUGCUUAAAAAAAAUAUUUCCUUGCUUAAUGGCUUGCAGUCAAAAAAGCCCAAAAUCGCAUAUUUUGCCCUAUAAAUUGAGGUAUAGCUCAAAAUUGUGACGUGUUAGAGCAAAUCUGAGCUGAGGAUUCGGAUUCAGCGGCCCAAAAUCCUUCGGAGACACAUAAGUUUGCUCUUGAGACAGACAAAAAGUUAAUUUUUGUUACGCUGUGUAAUUACAGAUAUUCCAACUUACCUUUACCAAUCGCCCAUCAGAUGGAAGCAAAAAUAUGUAGACUAUCAAUAACCAGCCCUUUUAGUACUGGAAAUCGACUAAUUUGAUUAAAUAAAUCACUUUUCUUCCUAUCGGAAAAAAAUGUAAACAAAAAGUUUCCUUCGCCUAGAGAGGAUGCAAGCAAAUGUGUGCGUGGAUUUUCUGCAUACGAAGCAUCGUGUUUCACAACCACAGAGAAAAAAAUGUUCGUUGCACUGCACAAUGGUCCACGAAUCAGAUUUACGAGGAAAGAUGCAUUCAGCGCCUUCAAAUGAUUUUCUAGAUAAAUAUGGUCUUUUACAAAGUUGUUCCUAAAAAUAAGGCCCUCUUUUCAAUAUACAUGAAAAUUAGGGUGCUCCAUAUUUUCAAAGAAAUUGGGAACCAAACUUUUUAAUUUGCAAGAAUAACUACAUACAUUCUUCUGGAUAGUUGUAAAUCUAUCAAUUUUGAGCAAGUUUGCUGAAGACACUUUUUAUGUAGCUUUAAAAUUGACCGAUCUAGCGGUAUUUUUCUGAAUAAGCUUAGGGUGGUUCAAGAAAAAUCGGUUUUCUGGCGUUAACUUUUUCAGUUUCGAUUUUUCAUCGAAGCCGCCCAAGAAACACUUGUAGAGCAUUUGAAGACGCGUCGUUUCGUGCGCUGAGAUGGUCGUUAUCUCUUUUGGUUCAAAAGUUACAGGCAUUUUUCUUCAAAAAUAAUAGUAUUUUAAAACGGUGUUAUGACGGGUUGAGGCAAACAUAAAAUAUAUCUUUUGCCCGUAUCUAAAAGAAGAAAUAUUGUUAUAAAACAUAUCAAAAAAAUAGAGGGGUGUUAUUUUUGUAACUCAAGUGAAAAUACUUGAAAAGUGCUUAUUUUUUCUAGAAAAUCAUCAAUAUCUUUUGAACGGAAUGACGUAGCAACAUUCUCAGCGCACGAAAAUGUGCGUCUUUUAAAGCUCUAAAAAUGGUUCCUAGAAAACUUUGAUGAGAAAUUUGAAACAAAAAAGAUAUAGCGUUUAAACUGUUUUGACCAAAUUUGGAGCAUUUUCCCAUAGUUUUCAUAGGGUGACAAAUCGUUUUAUUGCUUUAUCUUUUUUGUUUCAAUUUUCUCGUCAAAGUCGACUAAGAACCACUUUUAGAGCUUCCAAAAACGCGCAUUUACGUGCGCUGAGAAUGUUGCUACGUCAUUUCGUUCAAAAGAUAUUGAUGAUUUUCUAGAAAAAAUAGGCACUUUUCAAGUAUUUUUCACUUGAGUUACAAAAAUAACACCCCUCUAAUUUUUUGAUAUGUUUUAUAACAACAUUUCUUCUUUUGAAUGCGAGCAAAAUAUAUGUUUUAUGUUUGCCCCAACCCAUCAUAACACCGUUUUAAAAAACUAUGAUUUUUUAAGAAAAACACCUGUAACUAUUGAACCAACCAUCUCAGCGCACGAAACGACGCGUCUUCAAAUGCUCUACAAGUGUUUCUUGGGCGACUUUGAUGAAAAAUCGAAAUUGAAAAAGUUAACGCCAGAAAACCGGUUUUUCUUGAACCACCCUAAGCUUAUUCAGAAAAAUACCUCUAGAUCGGUCAAUUUUAAAGCUACAUAAAAAGUGUCUUCAGCAAACUUUUUCAAAAUUGAUAGAUCUACAACCGAAGAAUGUAUACAGUUAUUCUUGCAAAUAAAAAAGUUUGGUUACCAAUUUCUUUGAAAAUAUGGACCACCCUAAUUUUCAUGCAAAUUUUAAAGAGGGCCUUAUUAUUAGGGACAACUUUGUAAAAGACCAUAUUUGCCUAAAGACUCAUUUGAAGGCAUUGAAUGCAUCAUUCUUCGUAAAUCUGGCUUGUGUACCACUGUGCACUGUGAUGGCCUAUUAUGCUCUGGUGGGCAAAAAUAUUAAUUGACAUAUUUUGGUCGUUAUUCUAAAGCUACAUCCAUCUCAAUUUCUGUUCAAUCGUUCUUUGAACACAUUAUUUGAUUUGAAAUUCGCGGAAUUGGCCCGAAUUUUCGAAGAGAUCCUCUUGAAAUUCCUUCAGGAGUUUCUUCUGAUAUUUAACCAAAUGUUCUUUAAAAAAAAAACUCCGUUUUUUUAACUUUAUAACGGAAUGUUAUAUGUAUAUAAAAGCCCAGAAUUGUCUGUACUCUCAGUCAACCAGUGACCGUAUAAGAUGUUGAAUAAGAUGGUAAAGUGGAGGCGAUAUGCGUACUUUUUACAUGUGCCUAAAUGGAGAUAUGCACGCUAGACCGAUGCAAAUUUUGAAGUUCUCGCUCCCCUAGGCUUAAACAAUGCCAUUUUGGGUUCUGAUCAUCCUACCAAAAUUUGAAAUUAUUCGGAUCAAAUUUGACUGAGCACACGCCAUUUAAAGUUUGUAUGGAAAUUACUAUGGGAAAUGUUAUCUUUCAUUUGCACAGGCUGUAGUAUUUUUCUAUGAUGUCUUAAGAAUUGAACCUAUAUUGAUUCAUAUAGCUUACAUUGUUAUCUAUCAAAAUGCCAAAGACACAUGACACGUAAAACCUAUAGAAAAAUUGUUAUUCAAUAAAAUUUAAUUUUAAAUCUUUAGUAAUGAUAUUUUACUUUCCUUUUUGGGAACACUGCGGGAGGAAAAUUUUACCUAGUAGGCAAGGACAAAUUGAGCAAUGCAAUGUGUCAAAACGAAAACAGAAUGAGCUGCAAUUGAAGGGGAACCGAUGAAGGUGAACUGCUAAUAAACAUUUUUUUUCCUGUGAUUUCCUGAAAUUGUGAUUCCGCGCACCAAUGUAGGUGCCUGGCCACAUCCUUAUUUUCUGUAUACCGAUCCCCAAAGAGCCAACUAUAAAAAAAUCAGGUCACGAUCUUACUACGUUUGAUCACCAUCACCAUGAACUUCAUCUUGUUAUUGAGAGUUAAGGUUCAGUAUGGCAUUGGAAAAGCAUUUUUGGGAAUGAUUGAGACAUUUACUGGUUGAAUGAAAAUUAAUAAACUUUAAGUAUCAGUUCGUCUGUGGUUAAGGAUCCCUGAACUCUAUGGCUUAACUUUAUUUAACAAAUAUAUUUUUUUUUAUCUAGUUCAUUUAUUUGGGGCUCAAUCGCGUAUAACGCUUUACGGAGCCGAAGAUCUUUUUUUUGUACUUAAUAGUAUACACUAUACACUAUACAUAGUAAUAACUUUUUAAUGAUAUCUGUUAGUAAUGGGUGGAAGCCAGGGUACUCGUGGCAGCUCGAGGUUAGAAGGUCACAUUUUGAGGGAUGGACAGGGUAAGGAUUGGGCUAAAGGUUUCACUGCUGCUCAUCCGGGGGUGAAUCGCAUCUUGCUAGCGUAUUCGGUGCCUUGUGGUGUUGGUACCAACUUGUUGUGGAACUUGGUCUUCCGGAUGGCCAGGAGCAGCUUGGUAACACAAAGAGGACAAAACAGAGAAAAAAAAACUGGAGAAGAAAACACAAGCAAAUUAAACUUUUAUACCAGCAGAGCGAAGAAAGUCGAAAAUACAUCCCAUGUAUGUGACAUCGCGGGUCCCCAACACAUCUCUCACAAGAACAAAGGGUUGUCUACCUCGGGCCUCAAGGGUAUCCAAAAGUAGCGCUCUGGAGGCGUCAUUAUCCGGGCAUUGCCAAACUACGUGGUCGAUGUCAUCAUAACCGGAACCGCACUUACUACAAACAUUGCUCAACGCGAGGUUUAUCCUGUGUAAAUGCGCGUCUAGCGAGUAAUGGUUGGACAUAAGUCUUGACAUCACGCGAAUGAAAUUGCGACUUACAUCCAGACCAUACCACCACACUCGCAAAGAAACAUUAGGAAUAAUGGAAUGUAACCACCGUCCCAGCUGGCCAUCUCGCCAAUCAUUUUGCCAACUUUGAAGAGAACUUUGGCGAACAAAAUGGAAAAAUUCAUCAUGUGAAAUUCUUCUAUCAUAGAUCUCACCUUCCUGUGCACCCACCUUUGCGAGAGAGUCCGCCUUCUCAUUGCCAUAAAUUGAGCAAUGUGAGGGGACCCAUACAAAGGUAAUCUUGUAGGAUCUUUCGACCAGUGCACCCAUCUGCUCCCUUAUUUUUGUAAGAAAGUAAGAUGGAUGUUUUACAGGUUUCAUCGACCGGAGUGCCUCAAUCGAACUAAGGCUAUCCGAGAAGAUGAAGAAAUGGUCUACGGGCAUGUUGGAAAUCAUCCCCAAAGCGAAAUUGAUUGCUGCCAGCUCAGCAACAUAAACCGAACAAGGUUCCUGAAGUUUGCGGAAGGCGGUGAAAUUUUCAUUGAAGACACCGAAACCAGUGGAUCCAUUUAUGCGAGACCCAUCAGUGAAGAAUCUCUUACAGGAAUUGACAUUUUGGUACUUUUCGUUAAAAAUGCGAGGAAUAGAUAGACAUCGAAGUUGAUCUGGUAUUCCAUGAAUAGCUUGUUUCAUGGACAGAUCGUAUUUAACAGAGGAACUGUCAUUAGUGAAGUGUACACGAGGAGGAUUAUAACUUGGUAGGCUUAUGUCAGAUGACAUGUAGAACAGAUAGAUUCUCAUGAAUUUUGAUUGAGUGUUCAGACUGAGCAUUUCUUCGAAGUUUUCAAUGACAAGUGUGUUGCUCACUCCACACUUGAUAAGUAACCUUAGCGAGAGCUCCCAGAAUCGGUUCUGGAGAGGUUUCACCCCUGCCAGGACCUCUAGGCUCGCAUUAUGCGUUGAGUGCAUACAACCGAGAGCAAUACGCAAACAACGGUAUUGAAUUCGUUCCAAUUUUAUUAGGUGGCAGUUUGCUGCUGAGUGGAAGCAGAAAGAGCCAUACUCGAGAACAGAGAGAAUAGUCGUUUUGUAAAGUUUUAUGAGGUCUUCCGGGUGAGCACCCCACCAUGUUCCGGUAAUUGUGCGUAGAAAAUUGAUCCUUUGUUGACAUUUUUGCACCAAAUACUUGAUUUGGGUACCCCAAGUGCCUUUUGAAUCAAACCAGACCCCAAGGUAUUUCGAAGUCAAAGACUGGUCGAUUUCUAUUCCCAAAAGAUUGAGUUUCAGUUGGGCUGGGUUCCGCUUUCUAGAAAACACAACCAAUUGAGUUUUUUGCGGAGCAAACUCGAUCCCCAAAUCUCUUGCCCAGAUUGACAGAUUAUUUAGAGAAUUUUGCAAUGGUCUUUGCAACAUUUCUGCAUGUGGGCCUUUUAGAGAAACCACAGCAUCAUCUGCAAGUUGUCUUAGCGUGCAUUGUCCUUCCAAGCAACUAUCAAUGUCUUUCACGUAAAAAUUAUAAAGCAAGGGACUUAAACAUGAGCCUUGGGGUAGGCCCAUGUAACUAAUUCUGGAAGUUGACAGUUGUCCGAGAUUGAAGCUCAUAUGUUUUUCUGACAACAAAUUAUACAAGAAAUUAUUUAAAAUUCCUGGAAGUCCACUAUUGUGCAGUUUUUCUGACAAUAUUCCUAUGGAAACUGAAUCAAAGGCGCCCUUAAUAUCCAAGAAAACUGAAGCCAGUUGCUCCUUUUCCGCAAAGGCCAGUUGAAUAUCUGUUGAAAGCAACGCUAGACAAUCGUUUGUUCCUUUGCCCUUGCGAAACCCGAACUGUGUAUUUGAAAGCAAAUCAUUCGAUUCAACCCAAUGGUCGAGUCGUGAUAGGAUCAUUUUUUCUAACAAUUUCCUUAAACAUGAUAACAUAGCAAUUGGGCGGUAUGAAUUAUGAUCAGACGCUGGUUUACCAGGCUUUUGAAUAGCUAUUACUUUGACCUGUCUCCAUUCUGGCGGAACAAUGUUAUUCUCCAUCAAUGAGUUGAACAGGUCUAGUAAUCGUCUUUUCGCGAUAUCUGGGAGAUUUUUAAGAAGAUUGAACUUGAUCAUAUCGUGUCCCGGAGUGGAAUUGUUUGAUGAAAGAAGAGCCAUAGAAAAUUCCAGCAUAGUGAAGGGUCUGUCCAGAGAACCGUCUCCUGAGGAUGUUUCCCAAGAAAUCGGUUGUGCUGGGACUGAGUCAGGGCAGACCUUUUUCGCGAAGCUAAAUAUCCAACGGUUGGAGUAUUCGUCACUCUCAUUAGAAGAAGAGCGGUUUCGCAUGUUGCGAGCCACUCUCCAAAGCGUUGUCAUUGAAGUUUCUCUAGAGAGGUCCUCAAUGAAGUGUCGCCAAUAACUACGCUUCUUCGCUUUCAGCAGGUUCUUCAGCUGUCUUUCGAGCUUAGCAUACUCUUGAAAAAGAUCUGAAGUACCAUGCCUACGAAAAGCUUUGAAAGCAUCAGAUUUUUUAAGAUACAACUGGGUGCAAUCAUCAUCCCAGCCUAGUGUGGCGGGUCUUCUUUUGAAAGUUGCACUUGGAACUCGUCGUUUUUGUGAUUCUAAUGCACUCUUGUAUAUCAGUUCUGACAGGAAUCGAUAUUCAUCCAAAGGUGGGAGGGGGUUGAAUGAUUCGAUGCCAAAAGAUACCGCUUCUGCAUAUUUUUGCCAAUCGAUAUUCCUUGUGAGGUCAAAGGGAACCUGAAUUGGUUGGUCUGACCUUUCACUAUUAUGCUUUAUGGUGGUUAUAAUGGGCAAGUGAUCACUACCAUGAGGAUCCUCGAUUACCUUCCACAAGCAAUCGAAUGAUAGUGAACUUGACCCCAGUGAUAGGUCGAGACGACUUUCUUUGCCGUCAGAUGCAAUACGUGUCACUUCACCUGUAUUUAAAAUGUUCAAAUUGAAAUCGUCGCACAAAUCAUAGAAAAUGGCCGCUCUAUUAUCGUCAUAUGGUUCGCCCCACCCUGUACCAUGUGCGUUCAUAUCACCCAGAAUUAAAAUUGGAUGUGAUAGUGCAGCAACCGCAUUCCAAAGAUGACGGCGGUUAAUUGAAAUUCUUGGAGGAAUGUAAACGGAAGCUACGCAAAGUUCUUUACCCUUUACGUUUAUUUGGCAAGCGACGAUUUCUACGCCAGGAUGAGUCGCGAUUGGAAUUCUAUAAAAUGAGUAAGUCUUUUUGAUCCCCAAAAGAACCCCUCCAUAAUGGUCAUCUCGAUCCUGGCGUAUAAUGUUAAAAUCGUGGAAGUUGAGUUCAUCUUCAGAAGAAAGCCAUGUUUCACAAAGGGCAAAUAUAUCACAGUCAGAGUUGUGAAUCAAAAACUUAAACAGGUCGAUUUUUUUCCAGGAAUUAGCUCUGGAAUUCCUGCAAGAGUUCCUUUUGGGAUUCCCGUAGGAGUUUCUUUUGGGAUUACAGCAGAAGCUUUUUCUUGGAUUUCAUUCAGAGUAGUCAUCAGUAAUUCUCCGAAUUUUACUUCUCAGAAUUCUGAAAAAAUUUCUGCAGGGAAUCUUGAUUCUGAAAAUCUUUGGUGUUCCUUAUUAGAAUCCUCUAGGAGUUCUCUUAGAAAAUUCUCCAUUUUUAAUAGAAACCUUCGGGGGUUUUUUCUAGGAAUCCUCCAAGAGUUCCUUCAGAGAACCCUCCAGGACUUUAUUCUAGGAAUCUCCAGGACUUCUUCCUGGGAGCCCUUCUAGAGCUCCUUGUGGAAAUUCCUCCAGGAAUUCCUUCUGAUAUUUACUCAGAUGUUCCUUCGGAAAUUUCUCCGGAGUUUUUUUUUUAGAGAAUGGGGAUAUUUCAAGAUUUUUUUUUUUUCUGAAAUUAUCAAAAUUUCUUUAGAAGUCACAUCUGAUGUUCCCCUAGAAGUUCUUUCUGGAAUUCCUACAAAAGUUUUUCUGGCAUUUCUUCAGAAAUUUAUUCUGAGAUACUUGUGGAUUUCUUUCAGAAAACCCCUCUGGGAUUGCAAACCGAAGAUUGAAACACCUAAAAAACAAAUCGUCCACGAAUUCCUCCAGGAACUUGCUCUGGAAUUCCUCUAGGAGUUCCUCCUGGAAUUCACGCAGGAGUUUUUUCUGGGAUUAGCAGGAGCUUUUUCUGGGGUUCUCGCCAAAGUUCCUUCUGGAAUUUAUCCAUGAAUUCAUUCUUGCAUUCCCCCAAGAGCUUCUGCUGGAUUUCAUCCAGAGUAGGCUUUAGUAGUUCUCCAAAUUUUUCUUCUCGGAAUUCUACAAGACUAUCUGCAGGAAAUUUUAAUUCUGAAAAUCGUCUAGGAGUCCUUUAUAAGAAUCCAUUAGAAGUUCUUUUAGGAAAUCCUCAAUUUGUUUUAAAAAUCUCUAGGAGUUUCUUCUAGGAAUCCUCCAAGAGUUCCUCCAGAGAACCCUCCAGGAAGUCUUUCUGUGAGCCCUUCCAGAGUUCUUCUGAAAUCCUCUAGGAGUUCCUUGUGGAUUCCUCCAGGAGUUCCAUCUGAUGUUUGUUCCUUCGGAAAUUUCUCCGGGGUUUUUUAGAUGUUACAAGGUUACAGCGGGGAUAUUUCGGGAUUUUUUUUGAAAUUAUUCUAGAAAUGUCUUCAGAGGUUACGUCUGAGGUUGCUCAAGAAGUUCUUUCUGGCAUUCCAUCAGGAGUUCUUUCUGAGAUUUCUCAAAGAGUAUCUUAUGGCUUUCUUUCAGAAAACCCUCCUGGGAUUGCCAGCCGCAGAUGACAAGACCUAAAACACCAAAUUCUGGGAUUCGGCCACGAAUUUCUCCAGGAGUUUACUCUGAAAUUCCUCCAAUAGUUCUUUCUGGGAUUCCUGCAGGAGUUUCUUCUGGGAUUACAACAGGAGCUUUUUCUGGAGCUCUCGCAUGAGUUCUUUCAGGAAUUUAUGCAUAAAUUCAUUCUUGGAUUUCUCCAAGAACUUCCGCUGGAUUUCACCAAGAAUCGUCUUUAGCAAUUUAGCAGAUAUUCCUGCUGGGAAUCAUGCAAGAGUUUCUGCAGGGAAUCUUCCAGGGCAUAGUUCUGAAAAUCUUCCAGGUGUUCUUUAUUUUAGAAAUUUCUCCAGGGUUUUGUUUCUAGAAAUCUCCAGGAUUUCUUUCCAAGAAUCCAUUAAGAGGUCCGUCAGAGAACCAUUCUUGUGGAAAUUCCUGCAGGAGUUGCUUCUGAUAUUCAUCCAUUUUUCCGGGGUUUUUAGACGGGAAUUAUUCAUGAUUUUUUUUUAGAAAUUAUUCUAGAAAUUUCUUCUGAAAUUUCUUCAGAAGGUGCUUCUGAGGAGGUUUCCCUUGAAGUUCUUUCUGGAAUUCCUUCAAACAUGUUUCUAGCAUUCCAUAAGGAGUUCGUUCUGAGUUUCCUCAAAAAAUUCCUUCUGGGAUUACGAAUUGAAAACUGCAAUACUACUAAAGACCUAAGUUCUAGGAUUCGUUCAAAAACUGCUCCAGGACUUCUGUGGGAUUUUUUCAAGAGUUUCUUGUGGGGUUCUAGCAGGAGUUCCUUCUGUACUUAUUCAUAAUUUCGUUCUAUGGUUCUUCCACUGGGUAUCUUUCAAGAGUUCAAAAAUUUCAUUCUAAGAAUCCUCCAUGUGUUUCUUCUGGGAAUCCUUUAGAAGUUCCAUUCCCCAAGUGUUCAUUCAGGACUUUAUACUCUAAGGAUUUCCAGAACUUCCUUCUGGAAACCUUGUUGGGAUUUAUUUUAGAAAUCAUCCAGGAAUUCCUUGUGGCAAUCCUCCAGAAGUUCCCUUUGGAGGUCCUUCACGAGUUCUUCGAAGUAGUAGCUUUUUUUGUUAUUCGAUUCCUCCGGAAGUUUCCGUUGGAAUUUCUUUUAGGAGUUUCUUUUGGGAAUCCUACAGGUAUUCCUUUUGGAAAUGCGCCAGGAGUACCUGGAUAAAUCUCUAGAUCGAAUUCCAAGAUUUAGCCCACAGAAACACACAUUGUCGGAGGAAUCUUGGACUAAACUUUCACAGGAAUCCUUAACAAAAAGUUCUGACGAAAAUUAUGGAAGAAUGCAAAGAAGAAGUCCAUAAAGGAAUAAGGACAAAGCUCCAGAAGAAAUUCAGUAGCACUUCUUGCAGAAAUAAUUAAUUCCUAGUGGAAUCUCCGAUUAAGGAAUUUUUGGACCAAUCCACACUAGUAACUCCAGGAGGACUCCCCAACACAAAUUCCCGAUGAUAUCUCCAGAUGGCAUUGCGGGAAUGUCUUGCUAAAUUGCCCAAGAGGUUUUUGAUAGAAUUAAUCAAAGAUAAAAAAAAUCCAAUCUUAUGAAGACAUUCUUGGCUAAUCGAUGCUGUUCAUUCAAAAUAGGCAUAUUUACGUGGAAACUAGAACAUUUGGCCGAAAAAAUGUAGCAUUUUGUUCAAUUUUGAAGAGUUUAGAAACACCACCCUACCCCCUUACGUCACAAGAUUGGCGCCUAUGUUUACCAAUAGUGUUCACUGGGGAGGUUUACAAUUCUUCAAUAUGUAUUUUUCACGCGCUUCAAGCAAAUGAGAAUUUUAAAAGAAAUCAAAAACUAAUCGCACCCUACCACAUACCCAAUUUAAUGUAUACAUUUUUUCAGAACUAAGUAUUACAAACUAUGCCAAAGAUAUUAAAAUCGAAGAAACUAUUUGAUCUCAACGCGAAUUACCACGUUUCAAAUGUCAUUGAUCUCACAUACACAAUUAUUGAAUUUCAAUUUGUUCAGGUUUACAUUUUCACAUAACGUGCUUAUUUAUACCAAAUCAAAUAUUUAUACUGUAAACCACUUUACCGCAUGUAACCCUAGCAGUAAAAACACUGAAUCGUUAAUAACAUUAACAUUUAUCCAAUCUGACAGUUGUAAACGUAAAUAUUAUGCUAUAAGUCGAAGUGCGUCACACAAGAAGAUAAAAACUAAAACAAUAACAUUUCAAAAAGUCAGUAACAAAGAUUGCUAGUCGACUACUACUACUACUACUACUAUUACCACUACAUGAGAGUGCCCAAUAAAUUUAGUUCUUUUGAUGAAAACUA